UCUGGCUAGCUUGAAGCGGGUAAUGUUGGGAUAGGCCAUAACAACCACCCAAGAAGGCGUUGUGCUACUAUGGGGAAAUACCGAACCGAACCGAGAAUAAAAACGGUUGGGGUUUAGUUUUUAGUCGAGGUAAAUGCUGGAAAUUCGCCGAAAAGUCGAUGCAAGUGGAAAUUAUCGUAUAUUAAGGUUCAAAUGUGGACGUUGACGUCGAGCUGUGCGUAAUGAGCAGAGUUGGAAAAAGAAGGUGUUGAGCUGCAUUUUUUCUCUCUCUGCCAGGGACAACUUGGGUCGGAGUACUGCUUAAACUACGAGGUGAUACGAAGAAAAAUAAUGCCCACGACGCUCUCCACUUUCUGUGUGUUGCCGUUUCUAGCCUGUUCUGAUUCCUGUAGUUUCCUGUAGCUCUCCUGACAGUCUGUAAUCAGUCGUAUGGCCUGAUUAACUGUUACACUGAUUGACCUGAUUGGCGAAAACACUGCAGAGGCAUGGCAGGCUGGGCCUGGGGCUUUGAGGAUGCUUCAGAGGAUCCGUGCCUAACCCACAACUGAGGAUUGACAGGAAUACAUUGUCUGAGCAGAAUGACUCAGCAAGAGGGGGGGCCCCCAAAUAGCAAGUGAAGAAAAGUGAGGAUGGGUGCCAAUGGAUCCAGCUAUCCACACUCAUGCUCCCCACGCAUAGGGGGAAAUGCACAGGCACAGCAGACUUUUAUAGGGACGUCAUCCUACUCCCAGCAGGGAUAUGGCUGGGAGUCUAAGCUAUACAGCCUGGAGCACGGCCAUGAGCGGCCCACAGACAGGAAGAAGAAGAGCCUUGGCCUGGCGACCCUCAAACGGAGGUUCAUCAAAAGGAGGAAGUCCAGCCGCUCAGCAGAUCAUGCGCGGCAGAUGCGGGAGCUUUUGUCCGGGUGGGAUGUCCGUGACACAAAUGCCCUGGUGGAGGAAUAUGAGGGCACAGCAGCCCUCAAGGAGCUGAGCUUCCAGGCCAGCCUGGCACGUGCCGAGGCACCCAGCUUGCAGCGGAAUCUGGCUGCCCUCUACCAGCAUAAGUACUGCACUGAUGUGGACCUCAUCUUCCAAGGUACUUGCUUCCCAGCUCACCGGGCUAUCCUGGCUGCCCGCUGCCCCUUUUUCAAGACUCUGCUGUCCUCAUCCCCUGGCUAUGGAGCAGAGGUUCUCAUGGACAUUGAGACAGCUGGCAUUGAUGUGCCCAUGUUCUCUGCCCUACUUCACUACCUGUACACUGGGGAGUUUGGGGUGGGUGGAGCAGAGGAUACUAGGCUGCAGAACGUGGAUGUACUGGUGCAACUCAGUGAGGAGUUUGGUACACCCAACUCCUUGGAGGCUGAUAUGAAGGGCUUGUUUGACUACAUGUGUUACUAUGAUGCUCUUCUCAGCUUUUCCUCAGACUCUGAGAUGAUAGAGAGCUGUAAUGAGCGAGUGGCUGUGGCUGCAGCACCAACAGGGGGCUCAGGAGGCAAUGUGGGCCCCGGGACCCCAGAUGAGGACCUUAGGGCUCAUAAAGCUAUCCUCUCAGCACGUUCUCCUUUCUUUAGGAACCUUUUGCAGAGGCGCAUUCGCACAGGAGAGGAAAUGACAGAGCGCACAUUGCAGACACCCACCCGCAUAGUUCUGGAUGAGUCCAUCAUCCCACGGAAAUAUGUGCAGGUUAUUCUCCACUGCAUGUACACAGAUGUGGUGGAGCUCGGGCUGGUGCUGCGGGGCAGCCCCUCAGUAGGCAGCCUCGGCGAGGUGCAAGCCCUGGUGUCUGGGGGCCGUGGAGCCAGCACACGCACCGAGGAGGCCAUGGAGCUGUACCACAUCGCUCUGUUCUUGGAGUUCAGUAUGCUGGCUCAAGGUUGUGAGGACAUUGUUGUGGAAAGCCUGUCUCUGGACUCACUCGUCCCCAUACUGAAGUGGAGCUCCCAACCGUAUGGCUCCAAAUGGGUCCACAGGCAAGCCAUGCACUUCCUCUGCGAGGAGUUCAGUCAGGUUGUCACCUCAGAUGUUCUCUACGAGCUUAGCAAGGAGCACCUUCUCAGCGCAAUUCAGUCUGACUACCUACAGGCGAGUGAACAGGACAUUCUCAAGUAUGUUGUUAAGUGGGGCGAGCAGCAGCUUAUUAAGAGGAUGGCAGACAGGGAGCCCAACCUGUUGAGCGGCACAGCCCACAGCGUAAACAAGAGGGGAGUGAAAAGGAGAGACCUGGAUGUGGAGGAGCUAAAGGAGAUCCUGUCAGCCCUCCUGCCCUUCAUCCGAACUGAGCACAUCUUACCUUCCAACAGUGACGUCCUUGCUGACGCGCUUAAAAGGGGUUUGAUAAGCACCCCUCCUUCAGACAUGCUGCCCACAGCUGAAGGGGGAAAAGCCAAUGCCUGGUUACGGCAGAAGAACGCUGGCAUCUAUGUGCGUCCCCGCCUCUUCUCUCCUUACGUGGAGGAGGCUAAGUCUGUACUUGAUGAAAUGAUGGUGGAGCAGACAGACCUGGUGCGUUUGCGAUUAGUGCGCAUGUCCAACGUCCCAGACACGCUCUACAUGGUCAACAAUGCUGUGCCUCAGUGCUGUCACAUGAUCAGCCACCAGCAAAUGGCAAGCAACUCAACCACAGCUCCAUCGGUUGUGGCCAAUGAAAUUCCAGUGCCUCAGCUGUCGGUGGUAAAAGGGAUGAUCCGGAGGCUGCAGGAACUGAGACACACAGAGCAGGUCCAGAGAGCGUAUGCCCUCAACUGUGGUGAAGGAGCCACCGUCAGCUAUGAGCUGCAGCUGCGGGUGCUGAGGGAAUUUGGUCUGGCAGACGGAGCCACUGAGCUACUACAGAACCCAUACAAGUUCUUUCCUGAUGAACGGUUUGGAGAUGAGAGUCCAAUUCUGGCUCUGCGCCAGGUGGGCCGGUGUCGGGUAAACAGCAGCCCAGCCAUGGAUAGCAUGUUCACAGAGCUGGAAGGGGUAGCGGGCUUCCACCCUCCACUACCUCCUCCACCUCCCCCAUACCACCCCCCUGCCACACCCAGCCAUGCUCAGCUCAAGGGUGCCUGGCGACCUCGUGUGCCCAUGCCAACCCCCACCCGUUCCUUCUCCUACCCCUGCAACCGCACCCUGAUCCAGCGCCAUGCAGCCACCAAGCAUGGCAGCUCGGACUACUCCUCUGUGCCCAGGCCCCAGCCCCCAGACUGUACCAACCCACAGGCUAUGGGCCGAGUUUUGCUGUCAGACCGGCAAGCGAUGGGCAUGGAGCCUGUUAUGAGGGAGUUCAUGCCUGACAUUGCACUGGGUGUCUCGGUCAUGUCCCUGAGGGAGCAGCACAUGGCAGAGAUGGACAGGGAAGGCCCUCACAGCCCAAUGGGCCCCUCAGGCCACCAUCUGCCCCAUUUGCCCUGCCCUUCUUCCCGCCUCAGCCAUGGCCACGGUCCUGGACAUGGCCAUUCCUGCAAGAGACACGCUCCUGAACCCAAGCUGGAGGCUCAAGCCGAGUUCCCUGACCUAUAUGACUUCUCCUGCCGACCUGCAACCCCGACUUCUGCUCACCCUCUGCCCUCCUUUGCAGGACCAGACCUCUACAGCCACAGCUGCACCCCUUCCAGUUCUUAUCCACCCCCCUACAUUUCUGACUCUCAGUCCCAGGGCCACCUGCAGGGACGGACUGCCCCAGACCCACUACGUCUGGAUGUCCUCAGUAUGACCUCUCAGAGGCAUGAUGGAGUCCUUGCCAGCCCCUCUGGGGCCCAGCCUAGGAUGGGACACAUCCCAAGGGGGCGAUCAAAUGAGACAGACCUGACUCAUGGCUUAGGCCAUUUACGGUCUCCCAGUGGGAACAUGGACAACUAUGAGGAGAGGCACACAGGACCUAGAGAUGCCCCAGAGGACAUGGUUCUAGCUGGAGAAUCAUCAGGCCUAGGGCCCCUCCAGCAGCCUCACAGGAACAGUGUCAGUGAGGAGAUCGCCAGAGACCGCAGGUCACCCAGCAAGCCUGACUACCCUUAUAAGAAAUCUGCACUUUAACCCCAGUUGAGGACCAGGGGUUGAGUUAAGAAAAGGGAAAUCGUGAUGAAUGGUCAUCACAAUGGAUGGCAAAGCACUAAAUGUGUGCCUGCGUAUGUGUGUGUGUUUGAGAGGAGCAGGGAAAAGGGGUGGUCGAUGGUUGCUAUUUAUAGGAUCUGUCCUUUUGUCCUACCUCUAUCACACUGUGCUAUCCAUCACACAGUCAGAGUAUGGGAAGAGUAAGAGAGAUGUAGGUUAAUUGUUGAUGCUUGUAAUUGAUCUCCGCAAGCCUGCUUAGUCCUGCUGGUUUAGAGGAUGACUCAAGCUCUACUGGGGUGGACUGGUCUCUUGAGUUGAAGAAAGAGGUUAGCUCUAUGCUGUGUGAAUCCUGCAUGAGGAAAUCACAACAUUAGAUGUAGCUCAGUUAUGAACUGAUGGUUUAACAAAGACUAUAUUCAUAGAUUCUGUUGUCUAUUGAUUAUUUUCAGCAUAGAAUGGGGAGAUGGUAGGAUAGGAAACUCAAUUUACACAAGCGAACAAUGGCACACAGUCUGGGAUAAAGUAUUGUGAUAAAAUCAAAUGUAAAUUAGUCAGGCUUUGUUCUUUUCCUUCCAUGACUUGUAUUUCCAUUUCUUCCUGUAGCAUGCCUAUAGCAACCCACGUUACUAGUUUUCCCCUCCUGACCUUGGUUCUGCAGUGCUGAUGAAUACCGGGCCAAGGCUUGGUCACACAAAGCAGGAAUUGGAUCUUACAGGAAGUAGGUCAUCAGAGCUUGUCAUUCUCCUGUAACCCAGUCUGAUAAUUGUGUCAGGCUUUAACUAUCACAGCCUCUGAGUGUCUAGCUUAGAGGCAGAAGCCUCAUUUUCAGAGAGGGGAUGGGGGGGGGCAGGAGGAUCGGCGGCAGGUUCAUUACUGAGAUACAGUGGAAAAUAUAGGGAUACCAUGGCAACUGACGUACAGUGAUCAGGUGCAAGGAGUUUGUUGGUUUUUCAGCUGGAACAGGUGUGUGUGCGUGUGUCUGUGUGCGAGGAUAACUUUAAUACACACAGGUGUUUAGACAAUCUCAGUACUGUACACUCCCAUCUUUAGUCAGGUCUGUUUGUACAUAUCAGAGAGUCUUUGGCACAGAGUGUGGUGGUCAGUGUGCGGAGCUCCUUGUUCUGUUUAAUCCAAUAGCAUCAAGUAAUCAAAUCUAAAGCCUUAAUCAGUGCUUGGAAUAUUUUGUUUUAGCUACCUUUAUUCAAAUAAGUAUGAUGUCAUUAUAUCGCAACCCCUGUUAAUUGUUUAUUUGACUGUUCUGUUCACUAUGGACACAUUCACUGCAGUGUUUCUGGGUGGUAGAGGUGGAUUUCACUGAACCCAAAUGCUAAAACCAUGUGUAUAUACAUCAGGCCUCCAUCUCGCCACCUCAUGGGAGGUUGUGGACCUGCGUAGCCAGUGUUGAUACUGUUAUAUACUGUUAAAGAGCCACAGCGGCUGUAGCUCCACAACCCUGCAAGUACACACAUAAAAGCCUGUUACAGCCAACAGCUGGCAUACAACCUCACAUAUGAGUAUCGUUGCACUGUAGGAGCCACCUGUCUGUUAGAUGAAGGGAAAAGGAACAAAUGAAAUACGAACAAAAGGAAUCUUAUAUUGAAGAGAAGUUGGCGAUUGCUGGCUCAUAUCUCCAAUGGAAAUUGUAUAUAAUGAAUUGAGUUCCACAUGAUCUGAUGAAUUUUUAAUGGUUUCUAUCACAUUUUAGUGGUUGUUGAAGGUUUGUGUUUUUACUGUAGUGGACAACACUGUGUACUUGUCUUUGUCAUGAAAUCUCACUAAGAAUGUGUGGUAUAAAACAUAAAGAUUGUGUCUCAGAAUUUAUUUUGUUCUUAAACGUUAUGCAUUAGGGCAGUUUGUUCAAUGUUGUAGGUGAUGUGGAUUACCAUGUUUGUAGAGAUGUCCAUCCGUCCGUCCCCCAUUUACUUUACUUUCAAAGUAACAGGAAUAUGUAGAGGAUCUGAAGACAUUAGCUCUCAGCUUAGCAGUAAUGAAGUUGCCAACCAGAAAAUUAAUUUUUCCAUCUAGGUUGCUUCAUUGGGAAAAAAUGCAAAACUCCAGAUUCCUCCCUAUGUUCAUGUUGGGUAGUUGUUUUAUUUUCCAGGACAAUGUUCCAUUGAAUAAAAGCCCUUGUUUUGCUCUUUGCUGUAGAGAAGUCAGUGCCUUCCCCUGCCUGCGGCUGGGCUUUUAUUGGAGAAGUGACUUUGAUGUCUAUGCAAGCUCUUUUCUACCAGCUUACCAGCCUGCAUCAAAUAGUCCUUUGAAAUCUCAUGUAGCUCGUUUUGUGUACAUAGUGUCAUUUAGCACCUUUUUGAAAUUGAACCAUCUGAAAUGUGUGAUUGCUUGUGUUGAAUUAUAACAGGUACGUUGUACUUGUAUGGUAUCAUAGAAAACAUGUUUGUAGAUUGAUAUUAAGUUGCAUUUAGUUUCACUGAAUCUAUUUUUCUACUGUCACCUCAAAAGGUGCAUAACAGUGGUCAACUUGGGCAUCCUCAAAAUAAACUGGUUUGAUAUUACGGAA